AUGACAGUCACAGCAGUGUAUGAUAACUCUGAGGCAACAGAGCUCUGUGCAGCUCAGCACCUCUACCUCAAGCCCAUAGCAAAAUUGUUGAUCAGCAUAUUGCUUCCAGGGAGUCUAGAACCUGUGAGGCCCUUCUCUAACUGGGAAGUUCUUGACCAGCUGAAGAGCCUGAUUUGCCCUGACCAGUUCACCACAGUUUGGCUUUCCAAUAGUACAGAGGACUUCAUUCGAUUUGAGGGUGAGGCUGAGACCCGAAGUUUGGUUCAGAUCCUGAAGGCAAAGUUACAUGGGAAGAUGAUCAAGUUAAAUGUGACGGGGCUGAAGGACCAUGAGAAGAGCCCAGAUUCCAUAUAUUUUGAAGACUUGCCCUGUAAAUGGUUUGCACCUAAAAGUUCUAGCAAGGAGAAGCCAUGUGAAGAGAUCCUUUGGGUAGUCUUUGAAAGUUUUGGGAAGAUCAAGAAUGUGGAUAUCCUUAUGCUUGGCCCCUACAGAGAAGUGAUGACUGACAGGAGCUUUGGGGGUUUUAGCUUUGGCUUACAGACAUUUGAGGCCUUCAUACAGUACCAAGAGGCAACUGACUUUGUAAAAGCCAUGCAGUCCCUUCGAAGAAUGAAACUGAUGCUUAAAGGAGAUGAUGGGAAAGCUCUGGCAUGUAACGUUAAGGUUACGUCUGAUACGACCAAACACUUUGGGGAAGGAGCUGUAAGGAGGAGAAAUCAGGAAAGGCUAAAAUUACAAGAACUAGAAGAAGAAAGGAAAAAAGAAAAGAGAAGAGAAGAGGAAGUAGCUGAAAGGAAACAGAAGCCCAAAGCCAAAGCUGAGGCACCUCAAGAGCCGGACUCUUCAGAGGAGUGGGAGAAGAGGCAGUACCUAGUGUCUCAGCGGCAAGUUGAGGCACUUCGGUUCCUAAGUGUACUCCUGAGGAACAUUUCAGGAAGGCUAUUGCCAAAUUGUUCUUCAAGUUUGGGAUCCACACAGUUUAACCCACAGGAGGUCGACAUUAUUGGCACCAAAGCUAAUGCUUCUCGAGGGAACACAUUGAAAACUCUGGAGGAAGAAGAGCUAAACACUCUGCAUCUUCAAAAUCAAGAGGAAAUAUCAAAAUAUCAGGUUGCCAAGUCAGACAAUAAGCAAAAACAAAAAAUGGAGAAAAUAACUAGGGAUCACUUACAGAAAUCUUCCCACUGCCUUGGGGAAGAAAAUUUAAGGUAUUCCCCUAGAAAACAGAGAACUGGAAUAUUAUUAGGUGAUGAAGAAUAUGAAUACAGUUUGUUUUUUGAGCAUAACUCCUUGGAGAUUACGAUAAUUAAAGGCCAGUCUCUUGAAAAUGAAGAUCACCACGGUUCUAGUGAAUCCUGUUCCAAAUUAUCUGGGAGAGGCCAAGGCAGGAAACCUAAGAUCCAUGAAACAGAUGCAUUUUUUGACUAUCUUUUCAAUUAUUAUGAAGCUCCACAAUAUACUCGUAUCUGCCUAGAAACAAGUCAGGUAGCAGGCACAUGUCAGUGGCAGAGGGAUGUUCAAACUAAGGGAGAUGGAUUUCAGAUUAGUUUGAGAAAGCGUAGGCAUCACUCAAUCAAUUCGAGCCAAGGGGAAAACCUGGAAAGGAAAGAACAGGUUCAAGAAAAUGAUUACUCAUCAAACGUUUGUACUCAGGAUCCUGAGCAUAAACGAGGAAAAGUAGAUUAUGCCAAAGAAUGUACUAAUGGGUUUAAAACUCAUUGCCAGGAGACAGCCCAUAAAGCUGGUGGUCAGCUGUCCCCAACUGAUGGAAACAGCUGUCUGUUGGAAAAGACUCAUACUUAUAUUGAAGAUUCCAAAUCCACAAGGAAAAGCCAAGUGUCCACACCCCACGAGUCAAUAGGCUUAGAUUUACAGUUGACAGAUUUCUUAGAGGAAAUUAGUAGUGAUUCUGAAUGCUUCAGUGAAACCCUUAGUAUAAACAAAGAGGAGAAAGAGAAAUCUGUGGCCACAUUUAAUAGUUUCUCAGAAAAAGAACCUCUUGACACUGACAAAAUGAUCACACGCAAACAAAAUACAAGGUUGAGUCAGCAGACAUUUUUUUCAAAGUGGAGGAGUGAUGGUGAGGAAAAAUACUCUAAUUACAGGUUUAGGACACCAGGCAGGAAGUCUGAGUAUGAACCGAAAUGGAUAUGUUCAUGGCGUAGGGGUGAAAGUCAUUUCAUUACACAUGAAAACAAUAAUGACCAAAUGAAGGAACAGAUAGCUCCCAAAUACUUGUUUGACGAAGAUUACUACCAGGAACCCAGUUCCAGUUAUCUAGAGGGGAGGUUUAGUGAUAGUGCAUUGGAUCAGAAAGUGAACUAUGGGCCCUCUCAGGUGCCCGUAACGUCAUCAAGAAGGGCUAGGUCUUUCUAUUUUGGUAAUUUUCACAGAAGAAGAGGGACUCCUUGGAAGUCAGAAUAUAACCAGAAUUCAAGAAGGUUUAGAGGAUGUAAUUAUAACUAUUUCAAAUUCAAUUCUGAUUAUCACUAUAGUAGACAAAAUGGUCAGGAGUAUAUUGACUAUGGAAGCUAUUCAGGAAAUAACUGCACUGGUUCUUUAAAUUUUGAAUGUUUUGAUGGCCACUUAGAUCAGGAGUAUCUUUUUUCACAGUAAACAUGUUACAAGAAGAAAAUUUAAAACCAAAUGUAGCCAUGUAAUUAACAACUACACAGCAAGACAGCAGCAUUUAAAAGCUUCAGAACCUGUGUGUUUUAUAUUUCCAAAGCUUGCCAAUACACCUGGAGUCAUUUUGACCUAUGCUUUCAACUUUGGCAAGAGAAAUAAUGUUUUGUAUUUGACCCUGCUCAAGCUUUUAAAUGCUACUUGAUCCAAGGAUAGACAUUUCUAUAGUUCAACUAAAACUUUAAUUUGAUGCCAGUGAAGGAGCAGAUUAACAUCGAGAGGGGUUGAGAUGGCCCUCUAUGGCUCCUUAGGCAUCACAACAUCAUCAUUCAGUGUCGUUUAUCUCCAAAGAUGGCAACAGUGAAUGAAUAAUGAUCCUUUUACAUGUUUUAUUUGGUCAGAAACACCACGUGCAGCAACAAACUUUCCUGAGUUUUAUUUAGAAAUAAUUGUAGAAAAAAGAGACGACAGUUAGAACAUAGACUUCUUCAUGACAUUAAAGGGUUGCAUGAGCAUCCACCAGGAGCAAAUUCAUCUUACUACUACAUUUAAAUACUGAAAGAGUUGUCUUUUUCAAGACAAAGUCUUGGAAGAAGAAUCUAAAAGUGGUCUAGAUUGUCCUUUGAGGUUUAAGUGGAUAGUAUUUAAACCCAUUAGCAGAGUUUUUUUUUUUUUUUUUUUUUUAAGAACCCCAUAUCUUUCCAUUUUAGAAAAACAGCAUGAUUGAAGUAAUAUAACCAGUGGAAUUUGCAAAAGGAAAUACUGAAAAAUUGUGGGGCACCAAUAAUGUCACUUGAAAAGAGAGGAUGUGACUAUUCCACUUCAGGUUAUGUAAUCCUUUCACUCAGGGCUGGGUUACAUCAGUCUGUAAAAAGUCACUGAAUAUCCCCCAAACUGAACUUUAUUAAAUAGUAACAAGUGCCUCUCUUCUCAAUCCUUAGUGAUGCCACUGAGUUUUUAAAAAGAGUCAAGAGAAAAGCCUAUAGUUUUGUAGCUGGAGAAAAAUGUGUAUGUGUAGGAUUUGUAAACUCUCAACAUAAGCAAUUGAUCUUUUUACCUACUAGUUUUUGACUUCAUAAAUGUUUUUAAAUUGGGAUAUUUUAUGGAUUCUUGAAGACUUACAUUUUAGUGCAGUGCAUGUUCUAUAGAAAGCUCAGCUGAUUCAUUCUGCCUUACCUUGUAUUUAGGACCUCAGGGGCAAUAGAUUGCCUUUUUUUUUUUCCUCCAACAAAACUAUGCCUGACCUGGUAAUUGAAGACAUUAACGAGAUUAGAGACUGUUGGCAACAGGAAAAAGUGAUUUUAAAUCCACAGAAGCAGUAAAGGGCAACACUUUGAUAUGACAUGAUUCAUUCAUACACCCUUAAUUUGAUAUUCUGUAGUAAAGUACCAGCUGGUAGAGCCAGGUAGAAUGCCAGUCAUUGUAGCUGCCCAGAUUAUCACAAUGUGUGCAUAUAAUCAGCCUUUUGAGCAACCUGGUAUGUGAAAGGGCUACAAAAUCUUAUUUAUCUGAAGGAAGAGCCACAAGUUGUUUCAUCGAUCUCUUCUAAUCAUAGAGCUAUGUUAGUACGUGCAAGAAGUCAGAAAUGAAUGUACCAUAGCAGAUGCUGUUUAUUAUUAAUAAUAUAAUAACCAGUGGAUGAUUUGUUGGCUCCCUUGGGUUCAAUUCCACUUUCAAGCCAGUGACUCUUCCAUCAAAACUAGAUUUGGCUUGUCAAAUCUGAAAAACACCGCUCAUGGGGCAAGUGCCUUGACUUAAUGUUCAAAGUACUGUUGUCCAGAGUAGACUUUUAAACUACUAACAGCUUGUAUUUUGUCAGGCAACUUUCAGUAACCAGGUAUUAUUUUCCUUUGACGAAAAACCUGCCUCUUAAUUUUUCAUGUGUCAUGCCAUUAAAACAAAGAAUAUUAUGGAUUUGUAAUGAGAAGCAGCUAUGCUUGUUUUGAAAAAAACUCAUUGUCACUUGAUUUUUCUUUGCAGAGAUUUUGGACAUGAAAACAGUUUGCUGCUCAGUAGUCAGACAUAAAAAUAAAUUGCAGAGUACAGCAUGUGCAAUUUUUAUGUGUAUUAGAACCGGUGCUAAGUCAUUUCUAUAUAACAUUUUUGUCUCUUUUUUUUUUCUAAAUACCAUCCUGGGACUUAGAAGAAAGUAAAAAUACUGGUUUUAUGUUUACAUUCUGAAUAACCCUAGACUUUUAUAUGUCUUAUAAAAGAGUCAGCCUUUUUGGUGUGUAGGCCCUAAAUGAGGAAGACAACUUAUCCUGUACUUUUUAAUUGAAUGGCUUAGUAGGGAGUAAAAUAGAACUAAAAUAUUGUAACCACCUUCUUAAUGAACACUGCUAUUUUUUGUUGUGCUAAGUAGUGAAUAAGUGUUUUCUCAUAUCUUUUUCUAUGUCCUGUUAAGGGUCUGAACUUUAAUCUUUGUCUUAAGGUAUUUUCAUGUUUUUUGUUGUAUGGGUUGCUGGUAGUAAUGCAAAAAGACUAAAAAUAUGUCAAUGUGCUUUCAAUUUGUUUAAAUUUCUCAGGCAGAAAGCCAUGUAACCUGGUAAUUUUGAAAAUAAGAACCAAAUAAACAUAUUUUUACUUGUUGCAAAAUUGUUUAAAAUACUCAUUUUUAAAUAAAUGCUGAUAAGUCCACCUUUGGGGGAAAGUUUCUACUUACAGUAUGCUGCUUUGUGCUAUUGUUGAUGAUCUCUUUUCUCAUUUGCAUUGUUAGAGAAGUAAUACAUAUUCAAUUGUCAGAUAUAUUAAAAAUAAUCAUAGUGAAUAUUAUUUGUUCAUUUAUCACAUGUAUUGGCUAGCAUGUUGCACAUCCACAAUAACAUUUUCUGUGGAAAUACAGAUGCCUGAUUUUAAUAUCGUUUCUAUGUCACUUUUCCUGUUUUGUGGAAACUGACUUGUCAGAGUUCAUGGGACUAAAGACCAUAGUUUUCUUUUCAUUUUGGACAAACUGAAAUCAUGAUAUUUAGAUUUAAGAUGAUCCUCCCUUUAGCACAUUUUAUCAGUGCUAAUAAGAGGUAGCAAAAUUGACUCCAUGGAAUUUCACCUAA